ACACUUGGUAGAAACCCCUAAAUAUCUUUCUUUUCAACCAUAAGGCAUCAAUAUGGACUCAACCUGCAGCAUCCCUACCCCUACCCCUAUCCCCACAAAAACUCAAGUACCCCUUAAGCCUUUGUCCUUCACCAACGUGACAUCCAAGAAGCACCACCAAGUGCACAACCACCAACCGCCGUCUGCGGCGGUGACUUACAAGGAAUGCUUGAAGAACCACGCAGCCAGCAUAGGUGGAUACACCGUGGACGGUUGUGGUGAAUUCAUUCCAUCGCCAGAUGCCACUGUCGCUGAUCCCACUUCGCUAAAAUGCGAUGUCUGUGGUUGCCACCGCAACUUCCACCGCCGAGAACCUGAUGAUGAUUUUAUGGACUUCCGCCACCAUCAUGCGCAAGUGGCGACGCCUGCUACGCCCACAGCACUAAAGCCAGAGAACCCAAGAAGAAGAAGACGGUUCAGGACAAAAUUCAGCCAGGAACAGAAAGAUAAGAUGUAUUCUUUCUCUGAAACGUUGGGUUGGAAAUUGCAGAAAUGUGAUGAAGCUACGGUCGAGGAGUUUUGCAAUGAAAUAGGGGUUGAUAAAGGAGUUUUCAGAGUUUGGAUGCACAAUAACAAGAGCACUUGGGGAAAAAAGGUUUUCCAAAAUGCCAACAGUACCAGACCAUACCCUACAACAACAACCAGUAAACCUUGACAAUAGUACUAUACUAGGUAGCAUUGAAAAUAAUGGCUUCAACAUCAAGUAAUGGCUGCAGCAGCAAAAUAAUGACGGUCGUCGUUCCAAUGAGAACACUAGUUUCCUUCAUAUUCCUUCAGCUUGCUUUAUUUUGUAAGAAAAAGUUAGUUUCUUAAUUCGUUUUUGUGAUUUCAACGCUU